AUGCCACGUCUAGCGCUCCUUGGUGCCGUGGCGGCACUUGCUUUGCUGGUUUUCCGUCUGCUAUCCAUUGGUCGACGACCCAAGAACUAUCCCCCAGGACCUCCGACCUUGCCUCUUCUUGGUAAUAUUCAUCAGAUGCCCACUCGUGAUGCCCAUCUUCAGUUUCAAAAAUGGGCUGAAGAAUAUGGGCCGAUCUACAGUCUUAUUCUCGGAACCAAAACCUUGAUAGUGCUGUCUAGUGACGAAGCUGUCAAAGAUCUUCUAGACAAGCGAAGUGGAAUCUACUCGCAUAGGCAGGAGAUGUACAUUGGGCAAACACUAUGCAGUGGAGACCUUCGUUUGCUUAUGAUGGGAUACGGUCCAACUUGGCGAGGAUUUCGAAAAAUGGUUCACGGACUCCUUAACGUUGUUACCUCCAAGUCCUAUGUACCGUAUCAGAUGCUCGAGAACAAGCAGAUGAUGUAUGAGUUUCUGACCGAGCCUGAGCGGUUCCUGUACAGCAUUCGUCGCUACUCCAAUGCUCUGACCACCACCAUGGUCUUUGGAUGGCGAACACCGACCUACGAGGACGAGAAAAUGAAGCAGCUGUUUGAUGGCUUCUCUGAAUUCGCUGAAAUUAACCAGACAGGAACAGCUGCUCUUAUUGACUUCUUUCCCUUGCUGAGAAGGCUUCCAGAUUUCAUGCUUCCAACGCAAAAGAAGGCUAAGGAACUUCACAAGCGAGAAAAGGCCCUGUAUCUUGGCCAUUAUCUGCGAGCAAAAAAGGAUAUCCGCGACGGAAAGAUCAAGCCCUGUUUCUGCGUGGGUCUGGCUGAGGCUCAAAAGUCAGAUGGUUUCAGCGAUGAUCAGGCUGGAUAUAUUUCGGGAACUCUGCUAGAGGCUGGCUCUGACACCACUUCCAGCACACUAUAUGCAUUUGUUCAAGCGAUGCUGCUCUUCCCGGAUGUGCAACGCAAGGCCAAGGAGGAAAUAGACCGCGUCGUCGGUCCCGAUCGCAUGCCGACAAUGGAUGACGAGCAGAACCUGCAGUAUGUCCGCGCUUGCAUGAAAGAAACCCUGCGUUGGAUGCCCACGACUAUUCUCGGCGCGGUACCCCACGCCGUCACCCAAGAUGACGAGUAUAUGGGCUAUCUCAUUCCAAAGGGAGCUGGUGUCAUGAACAACGUGUGGGGUAUCCACCACGACGAGAACCGCCACCCUCAUCCUCGAAGCUUUAACCCUGAUCGGUACAAGGACGACCGUCAAAGCCUAGCUGAAGCCGCCGCCAAUCCUGAUGCAUCCAAGCGAGACCAGUUUACUUUCGGCGCCGGUCGCCGGAUUUGUCCUGGUAUUCACAUUGCGGAGCGAAGCCUAUUUCUGGCAAUUUCUCGUAUAAUGUGGGCCUUCGACGUUGAGCCAGCGCUGGAUAAAAACGGACAGCAGAUCUUGCCUGACCCUGAUCGAUUGACCCAAGGGUUUGUUUGUAUGCCAGAGGAAUAUCCAGCUCGUAUUACGCCCCGGUCAAAGGCUAAAGCAGAUAUGAUCGUCAAGGAGUGGAAGACAGCAGAGCGACAGUGCUUAGAUCCGGAGACGAAGCAAUGGUUGCUCUCGCCCGUGGAAUCAGUAGCCUGA